CCCCCAGCCGCCGUGCGCGCGCUGGCCGGGCAGCAUGGCGGCGGCGGCGGGCGCCCCUUCGCCGGGUUCAGCGCAGCAGCCUCCGCCGCCGCCGCCCGAGGAGUCGUCGGACAGCGAACCCGAGGCGGAGCCCGGCUCUCCGCAGAAACUCAUCCGCAAGGUGUCCACGUCGGGCCAGAUCCGCCAGAAGACCGUCAUCAAAGAGGGGAUGCUGACCAAACAGAACAAUUCAUUCCAACGAUCGAAAAGGAGAUACUUCAAGCUGCGAGGUCGAACACUGUACUAUGCGAAGACUGCAAAGUCAAUCAUAUUUGAUGAAGUAGACCUGACAGAUGCCAGCGUGGCUGAAUCCAGCACCAAAAAUGUCAACAACAGUUUUACGGUUAUCACUCCAUGUAGGAAACUCAUCCUAUGUGCUGACAACAGAAAAGAAAUGGAAGAUUGGAUCGCAGCGCUGAAGACUGUCCAGAACAGGGAGCAUUUUGAGCCGACCCAGUACAGCAUGGACCACUUCUCAGGGAUGCACAAUUGGUACGCCUGUUCCCACGCGAGGCCGACCUAUUGCAACGUGUGCCGCGAGGCUCUGUCGGGGGUCACGUCCCAUGGACUGUCCUGUGAAGUGUGCAAGUUCAAGGCCCACAAACGGUGUGCUGUGCGUGCAACCAAUAACUGCAAGUGGACCACACUGGCCUCCAUCGGGAAGGACAUCAUUGAGGAUGAGGACGGGAUCGCCAUGCCUCACCAGUGGCUGGAAGGAAAUCUGCCUGUGAGUGCCAAGUGUACGGUGUGUGACAAGACCUGUGGCAGCGUGCUGCGGCUGCAGGACUGGCGCUGCCUGUGGUGCAAGGCCAUGGUACACACGGCGUGUAAGGAAUCCUUAGUGACCAAGUGCCCACUGGGCCUGUGUAAAGUGUCGGUCAUCCCUCCCACAGCUCUCAACAGCAUCGAUUCCGAUGGCUUCUGGAAGGCCACAUGUCCUCCGUCCUGCACAAGCCCCUUGUUAGUCUUUGUCAAUUCAAAAAGUGGGGACAACCAGGGCGUGAAGUUCCUCAGAAGAUUCAAACAGCUGCUGAACCCUGCCCAGGUUUUUGACCUUAUGAACGGAGGGCCACACCUUGGCUUACGCUUAUUCCAGAAGUUUGAUACAUUCCGGAUUCUGGUUUGUGGUGGGGACGGCAGUGUUGGCUGGGUCCUCUCUGAAAUUGACAGCCUCAAUCUUCACAAACAGUGUCAGCUGGGAGUGCUGCCCCUGGGCACAGGGAAUGACCUGGCUCGCGUGUUGGGCUGGGGCUCAGCCUGUGAUGAUGACACCCAGCUCCCUCAGAUCCUGGAGAAGCUGGAAAGAGCCAGCACCAAGAUGCUGGACAGGUGGAGUGUCAUGGCGUACGAGACUAAACUGCCCCGGCAGGCCUCCUCUUCUGCCGUCGUCGUCACUGAGGACUUCAGCGAGGGUUCCGAGGUACAGCAAAUUCUCUUCUAUGAAGAUUCGGUUGCGGCCCAUCUUUCUAAAAUCCUGACUUCUGACCAGCACUCGGUGGUGAUCUCAUCGGCAAAAGUGCUCUGUGAGACGGUGAAGGACUUUGUGGCUCGAGUGGGAAAGGCCUAUGAGAAGACGACUGAGAGCUCAGAGGAGUCUGAGGUCAUGGCCAAGAAGUGCUCUGUCCUGAAAGAGAAGUUGGAUUCUCUUCUCAAGACCUUGGACGAUGAGUCCCAGGCCUCGUCCUCUCUGCCCACCCCACCACCCACCAUUGCUGAGGAGGCAGAAGAUGGAGACGGAACGGGCAGCAGCUGUGGGUCAACUGUGGACCGCUCGAUGGGGUCAGCAUGUCCAACCCGGCCACAGAUAUUCAGGCCUCGGGAACAGCUCAUGCUGAGAGCCAACAGCCUGAAGAAGGCGAUUCGUCAGAUCAUAGAACACACAGAAAAAGCUGUCGAUGAGCAGAAUGCCCAGACCCAAGAGCAGGAGAUGAUCGUCUUAGGUCUCUCUGAGUCAGAGGAGAAAAAGGACCUGAAGUCAGAGGACACGGUGUGCCACAGUGAGAGCUGCGGGGUUGCCAAGCAUAGAAGCCUCCGCAAAGUUUCCAAGUCCCCAUGUGAGAAGCUGAUCAGCAAAGGGAGUUCUGCCUCUCUUCCUCCCCAGUCAGGAAACCGGGAUGGCCUCCCAGCGCUGAACACGAAGAUCCUCUUCCCGAAUGUUCGUGCGGGGAUGUCUGGUUCCUUGCCUGGCGGUUCAGUUAUCAGUCGCUUGUUAAUCAAUGCUGAUCCCUUCAACUCCGAACCAGAAAACCUAGAGUAUUACACAGAGAAAUGUGUCAUGAACAAUUACUUUGGCAUUGGCCUGGAUGCGAAAAUAUCUCUGGACUUCAACAACAAGCGUGAUGAGCACCCGGAGAAGUGCAGGAGCCGAACCAAGAACAUGAUGUGGUAUGGGGUGCUUGGGACCAAAGAGCUGCUGCACAGGACCUACAAGAACCUGGAGCAAAAGGUCCUGCUGGAGUGUGAUGGGCGGCCCAUCCCGCUCCCCAGUCUCCAAGGAAUUGCUGUUCUCAAUAUUCCCAGCUAUGCUGGAGGGACCAACUUCUGGGGAGGCACCAAGGAAGAUGAUACUUUCGCAGCUCCGUCCUUUGAUGAUAAGAUCUUGGAGGUGGUAGCUGUGUUUGGCAGUAUGCAGAUGGCUGUCUCUCGGGUCAUUAAGUUGCAGCAUCACCGGAUUGCCCAGUGUCGCACGGUGAAGAUUUCCAUCCUGGGCGAGGAGGGCGUGCCUGUGCAGGUGGACGGAGAGGCCUGGGUCCAACCUCCCGGAUACAUUCGGAUUAUUCACAAGAACCGGGCCCAGAUGCUCACCCGAGACAGGGCAUUUGAGAACACGCUGAAGUCCUGGGAAGACAAGCAGAAGUGCGAACUGCCUCGCCCGCCAUCUUUCUCCCUGCACCUGGGGAUCCUGUCUGAGGAAGAGGCCACCCAGAUGGACCAGUUUGGGCAGGCGGCGGGAGCCCUUAUCCACAGCAUCCGAGAGAUAGCUCAGUCCCACAGAGACAUGGAGCAGGAACUUGCCCACGCUGUCAACGCCAGCUCCAAGUCCAUGGACCGCGUGUACAGCAAGCCCAGAGCCACGGAGGGGCUGAACUGCGGCUUUGUCCUGGAGAUGGUGAACAACAUGAAGGCCCUGCGCAGCGAGACAGAGCUGCUGCUGUCCGGGAAGAUGGCCCUGCAGCUGGACCCCCCUCAGAAGGAGCGGCUGGGGGCUGCUCUUGCCGAGAUGGACCGACAGCUCAGGAAGCUGGUGGACACCCCCUGGCUGUGCCAGCCCCUGGAGCCCAGUGAUGAAGAGAACGUGAUGGAUCUUACCAAACGCAGCCGCAGCGGGAAAUUUCGCCUGGUGACCAAGUUUAAGAAGGAGAAAAACAGCAAGAACAGAGAUGCCCACAGCAGCCUGGGAGCCCCGGUUCACCUCUGGGGGACAGAGGAGGUUGCUGCCUGGCUGGAGCACCUCAGUCUCUGUGAGUAUAAGGACAUCUUCACUCGGCACGACAUCCGGGGCUCCGAGCUCCUGCACCUGGAGCGGAGAGACCUCAAGGACCUCGGCGUGACCAAGGUGGGCCACAUGAAGAGGAUCCUGUGUGGCAUCAAGGAGCUGAGCCGCAGCCCCCCUGCCACCGAAGCCUAGCCUCUGCCCUCUCGGCCUGUGUCCUCCAUUCCUCCUGCGACUGAGGCGGGGCCCGUCCUGGGCCCUUCUCAUGGUGCUAUUUCUACGCCCUGUGCUCGUGGCGGGAAGCCUCUCGGACACUGUUCCAGCCGGUUCCAGGGUCUCGGGCACACCAACAUGGCUACCUUUGGACACGCACCAUCUAACCCAGUGGUGUAUGGGGUGACCGCCACCUCUCUGCUCCCCGGCCCCCGGCAUCCGGCAGAAACAGCCUGGUUGGCCGCACACCAGUGUCCGGGCUUCUCUCUGCCCUUUCAUAGCGCAUUGUCAGGCACCGUCUCCCAGCAGGCUCUCCGGAGUCAGGGCCCGGACCCGUCGGCCACUCACUGCAGAUGUCCCUGUUUAUUGUGAGGUCCUGCCUUCCCUGGUUCGUAGGCACCAUGGAUGUGUUUCCAGUCCUGUUCAUUUAAAUGUGACGUGAAGAGAAAGGAAAACUCGCUGCUCCUGGAGCUGGUAAACGUAGCCACGUUCUAGGGCCGAUGAACCCCUGGCCCGUAUGUCUCGGGUCCCUCCUGAGCUGCGGGCGUGGGGACAUGGUCCUGUGUGCCCAGGACGCAGUAGCCUCGGUGCUGUCUGAGGCCAGGAGCGCCCAAUGGCUGGUGGCCUCCCCGCAGUGGAGGGUCAGUAUUCCUCUGGAGACAGCAUGUCCGUUCUGUCCUGAGAGUCUCUGACCUGUGGUGGCUUCUCGGAUGGUGCUGCCAGGCCCCAGGUCCCUGGAGGUGCCGGUGCCUGUGUAGCUCCCUGCAAGUCAUCACUGCCUUUGACUUGCCCCUGGCUGCCCCUCAGAGACAGUCAGUCACACCUUACAGGGCUCUCUUCCACCCUGGACCCCAACCCCCUUGGGUGCCAGGGUCCCGCAUCCCAAAGGGGAGGGUGACUUUGUGAGGGGCCUGGGCAUGAGGCCUCAGGGCGCUGUCCAGAGUCACCCAUAGGGGCCCCUUGGAGAGUCACAGCUGAACAGCAUUUACCUGCCACUCACUUUGCCGACCCCUCUGACCAGUGUGGAUAGUGGGUCCCCCUUGGGCAUGACCAGGCACCCGUCUCUGGUUUGGGGGUGCUCCCACUGGUGGUUCUUCUGGGUGCCCACUCCUGUGUUCACAUGUGGCGUCUCGGCAGGGGUUGGAGUGAGAGCCCCGUGUUCUGCACAUGCCCUCAUUGUGUGUGAGACCAGGCAGUGGUGAUUCUUUUCCCCGUCUGAACAGCUGUUUAAGUGGGGGAAGGUGAAGAGAGAGACUCUAGCCCCUGAGAGGUCACUUGUUUGAAAGGAGAAAUCUUGGGGUCCCAGAAGGGCGCUGCCCUGUUCGAGGUGGGCACCUGGAUUCUGAGGGCGUCUGGAUGGGACUGGACAGGCUGGAGCUCGGUGAGGAGGUGCAGGGGAAGUGGCCCCGGGGCCAUCCCGUGCCCUCAGUGCCCACCCGUGGGAAAGGCUUAGGUUUGGGUCGUGUGUGGCAUUUAAGAUUAAUAUGUUGUCAGUGACUAAAGCAACACUGUUUACAUAAAAGCCAUUUUUAUAAUUCUCAUCAGAAGCAAAAGGAAGGGACGUGAGUUUUGCAUGACGUCAGUGAAGGGCGGGCGUCCGUUCCUGUGCCAUCUUUGUUGUUGCACGUGGGGCUGUGCCUCUGCCCACUCCAGCACCCAGCUGUGCCCUGGGGUGGGGUGCCUGUCAGCGUGGGGCAGGACGAAGAUCCCCGGAGAGUCUGGGAGAAAGGGUUCUGUGUUCUUGGGUGGGGCUCACCCUCAUAUUUAUGAUCUUAAUUUAUACAGCACUCACUGUGGAGCAUAUGCCUGCUGUGUUGCUAUGUACAUAGUCCAUGUCGGGGGUUGUAAAUAAGUGGUUCUGUGUGUAAAUAAAAAAAGCCUGUUUUGGA